AUGAACAUUUUGAACGAGUUUAAGGGUGUUGAAGAAGCAAAAGAGAUGGAUGAGAGUAAUGAGAAAUUAAUGUUUAAGAAAAAAUUUAAGUUUAGGAGUCCUACGAGUUUGAGAAGUGAUGCAAAGGGAUUUUCAGGUAUGGAGGAUAGUUCAAAGUAUAAGAAAAAGAAGAAGAAGAAGAGUGGUAUAGCAAGUACAAAUCAUGAUUCAGGGGAAAGCAUGUCGGGGACUAUGGAAGGAGAGAAGAAUGGAACCGAAGCAUCAAAUAGAGGGUCAAAAGGCUUGCAAAAUAAAGCAGAAAACCUGGAGAAGAGGCUAAAAGAAAUGGGAGUCGGGAACAUUGACAAGAGGUUUGAUACUGGCCUGGAGAAGAGUCAAAGAGGGUCUUUGGUUGAAGUUAUGAAGUCUAGAGAAACAAAAGAUAUAGAGGCACUAAAGGUGCAGAACCUCGCAAAAGGAAAGCAGGAAACUACCAUGAAAUUUGAUGAAGAUUCUCGGUUGGGUGGAAAUGGUUCAUCAGCGAACAUAGUCAGGGGUGAUCAAUCAGAUAUCAAGUCUGAUUUGUGGUGGCUGAAGCUUCCUUACGUCUUGGCUAUUCUUAUGCGUAGAGGUUUGGACCAUGAAGGUCCAGGAGGCUUUUUUACAUUAAGACUCACGUCUCAGGUGCAACACCAGAGUGAGAUUUCAUAUACGGUUGCUUUUGAGGACCGUGGUGAUGCUAAUAACUUUUGUUGUCUACUCGAAUCAUUUUUUGAGGAUCUAGGCGAUUUUAGUGCUGAUAUUGUUCCUCUGUCCGUGAAAGAACUUUAUGAUGAAGUUAAAUCAGGUAUGAAGAACAUUGUUGUUGUGAAGGAAGAGGCAGCUUAAGCUUUAUGCCGGACAAC